AGGAGUGGGCUGUACUGAAUCCAUCUCAAAAGAAGCUCUACAGAGAUGUUAUGUGGGAAACAUUUAUGAAUAUGACUGCUGUAGCAAUAAAGGCGUAUCAGAAAGCAGUCAAUAUAAAGCAUGGAAUCAACAUAAAAAAACAGUCUUUUGGACUACAGGUGCCAAUGUAGACAUGCAACAAGUUCCUUUAAAGCCAACUGAAAGCCAUGCUUGUAGAAAUUCCCGAAUUGGGCAUUUAUCACUAAAUGUGCCGAUUUUCUCUCAGACUGGAAUGAAACCAAAUAAGUAUUUUGCAUUUGAUGAAAAACUGAGUAAAUGGAAUGAACAUGGAAAAAUCUUCAGUGAUCUCCAGUCCUUUCAGAAUCAUUCAAGGAGAAAGACUGGAGAAAAACUGUAUCAAUAUGAGCAAUUUGGAAAAACCUGCUUGAAACUUAGAGCAAGAACUCACCCUGGAGAAAAGACCUUUGUAGGUAAGAAGAGGUUGGAAGCCUCCAGCAUCCCCAGCAGUGAUCAAAUCCAUGAAGGAAAUCACAGUGAUUGGAAACCAUACAUGUGGAAACUAUGUGGGAAAGAUUUUAAUUCUUCACACCUUUUUCAAGGACGUGAAAGACGACAUGUGGGAGAGAAGUCCAGUGUAUAUAAGGAACAUGUAAAAGCAUUAGCUUAUAGUAAUUCCUUUCAUAGACAUGAAGUAGUUCACACUGGGGAGAAGCCCUAUAUAUGUAAGCAAUGUGGAAAAGCAUUUAUAACUUCCAGCCAUUACCAAAUACAUGUAAGAAUUCACACUGAGAAGAAAUCAUAUGAAUGCAAACAAUGUGGGAAAACCUUCAACACUCAAAGUUAUUAUAAAAUUCAUGAAAAGUUUCACAGGGGAGAGAGACCCUAUGCAUGUAAGCAGUGUGGGAAAGCAUUUACUACACAGAGUAAUUGUAAAAUGCAUGAAAGAAUUCACACUAGAGAGAAGCCCUUUGCAUGCAAGCAAUGUGGAAAAGCAUUCAUUACACAGAGAAAUUGUAAAAUGCAUGAAAGAAUUCACACUAGGGAGAAACCCUAUGUGUGCAAGCAAUGUGGGAAAUCAUUCACUACACAGAGGUAUUGUAAAAUACAUGAAAGAAAUCACACUGACCAGAAACUCUAUGCAUGUAAGCAAUGUGGAAAAGCAUUCACUACACAGAGUUAUUGUAAAAUACAUGAAAGAAGUCACAUGGGAAAACUGUAUGCAUGUAAACUAUGUGGGAAAACUUUUAAUACACAGAGUUAUUGUAAAGUGCAUGAAAGAAAUCACACUGGAGAGAAACCCUAUAUAUGUAAAUACUGUGGGAAAGCAUUCAACAAGCAGAGUUCCUGUAAAAUACAUGAAAGAAUUCACACCGGAGAGAAACCUUAUAUAUGUAAACAUUGUGGAAAAGCAUUCAACACACAGAGUUCCUGUAAAAUACAUGAAAGAAUUCAUACUGGGGAAAAACCGUAUGUAUGCAAGCAAUGUGGGAAAGCAUUCAGUACGUACAGCAACUGUCAAAGCCAUGAAAGUAGUCAUAGUGUGGAGAAACCUUAUGUGUGUAAGCAAUGUGGGAAAGCAUUCACUAAAAAAGUUUAUUAUCAAAUACAUCAAAGAACUCACACGGGUGAAAAACCCUAUGUAUGUAAGCAAUGUGGAAAAGGAUUUAGACAGAAGUGUGCAUUUCGUGUACAUAGACGAACCCACACUGGUGAGAAACCCUAUGUAUGUAUCCAGUGUGGAAAAGCAUUCAGCACUCACAGUAAUUGUCUAGUACAUGAAAGUACUCACAGUGGGGAGAAACCCUAUGUAUGUAAACAAUGUGGAAAAGCAUUCACCACACAUAGUUCCUGUCAAGACCAUGAAAGAAUUCACACUGGGGAGAAACCCUAUAUAUGUAAGCAGUGUGGGAAGGCAUUCACUACACAUAAAUGUUGUCAUAGACAUGAAAGAACUCAUACUACAGAGAAACCUUAUAUAUGUGAGCAAUGUGGAAAAGGAUUUUCUAACACAUAUGCAUUUCAUACACAUAGACAAAGCAACUGUGGGCAGAAACCCUAUGUAUGUAAGUAAUAUUUAAAGCAUUCAGCAGCCACAGUACCUGUCAAAGCUAUGAAAGAAGUCACACUGUAGAAAUCCAAUCUUAGCAAUGUGGGAAGGAUUAACUACACAUAAACACUGUCAAAGACUUGAAAGAAUUGACAGUGGAGAGAAAUGAUGCAUGUCAGCCUUGUGGAAAAAUUUUGUUGCUGAGUCCUAAUUUUAUACAUCUACAAUGUCUCACAAUGGGG